UGGGUUAUCAGAUAUUAUGCUUAUUCUGAUGCCUGUUCACUAGUGGUGUUGAACAAAACAAACUUGAAGUACAUGUAUAUUUUAUAAGUUUUGUUUUAUAUUUCAGCGAGAUGGGCAGUCAGGGCACACUCCAGGAGAUGAGCGACAUGAUGAGUGCUACACACCCAAAGAUGGUCGAUUCUAUUGACUUGUCAGUGUUAGAAUUCUACCGUGGCAAAAAGAUAUUUAUCACUGGUGCCACUGGAUUUGUUGGAAAAGUCCUGAUUGAAAAAUUGUUCCGUUCGUGCCCGGAAAUUGAUAAAAUAUAUUUUUUAAUACGUCCUAAAAAGACGCAGGAUAUUUACGAGAGAACGAAUGAGCUGAUACAAUCUCAGCUUUACGACAAACUGAGAAAAGACUGUCCUAAUUUCGGAGACAAGUUACAUCCUAUUAACGGGGACAUCAGCCUGCCGGGUCUGGGCAUAUCUUCGGAGGAUCUUAAACUGCUUCAGGAAAACGUGCAGAUUGUCUUUCACAGUGCUGCCACUGUUCGCUUUGAUGAAUCGCUGAGGGUUGCCUUACAGCUGAAUGUGCUAGCAGUGAGAGAGUUGAUAGUUCUGGCAAAGACACUGAGAAAACUGCAGGUGUUGGUGCACGUGUCGACGGCCUAUGCAAACUGUGAAAGACCGUUCAUUGAAGAGGUUGUCUACCCACCCACCGUGGAUCCACACAAACUUAUUGACGCCUUGGAGUGGAUGGACGAUGAAAUGCUGGAGAUCCUCACACCUAAACUACUGAAGGGCAAGCCCAACACGUACACGUACACGAAACACCUCGCUGAAAACAUCCUCGUCACAGAGGGCGUCGGACUUCCCCUGGCCAUCGUUCGGCCCUCCAUCAUUGGGGCAGCUUGGAAAGAACCACUCCCUGGAUGGAUCGAUAAUUACAAUGGACCUAGUGGUUUAUACAUUGCGGCUGGUAAGGGAGUAUUGCGGACGAUGAAGGGUGACUAUAACGCAGUGGCCGACUUUAUUCCGGUGGACAUCCCCGUCAACCUGAUGAUUUGUGUCGCUUGGUACACCGCGGUGGCCAAACCAAAGCGGACACUAGUCUACCACAGUACAACAGGCGGCACCAACCCCUUCACAUGGGGCGAAAUGAGACAUGUAGCACUGAAAUUUCUCAAACACACACCGAUGGACGCAUGUUUCAGAAGACCAUACCUUGACUUCAGGACAAACAGCUAUCUCCAUGACUACUACAUGUUUGUGAGUCACCUCUUACCGGCGUACGCAAUGGACGUCUUCUACCGCAUCAUUGGGAAAAAACCAAGAAUGGUUCGGAUCUACAAUCGAUUACACCGCACGAUGAGCAUUAUGGCAUUCUUCACAAGCAACUCGUGGGAGUGGAGCUACAACAACACAGACAUGCUCAUCAAUGCCAUGUCACCGGAAGAAAGGAAGAUGUUCUACUUAGACCCAAGACCACUCCACUGGCCGACGUACAUAGAAAACUACAUCCUGGGAACGAAGAAGUAUCUGCUCAAGGAAGACAUGGUUGAUGUCCCAGCGGCCCGCGCACAUCUCAAGAAACUGAGAAACAUCCGCUACACGUUCAACACCGUGCUGUUUGUCGUUCUGUGGCGCGGCCUCAUCGCCCGAUCGGAGAUCGCUCGCAACCUGUGGUACCUCAUCGUCAGCCUUGUCUUCAAGUUCGUCCGCUUCUUCAGAAUCACCAGCACCAUGCAGAGAUAAUCACCACACAAUGCUGUUGCUGCUGCUGCUGCUGUCCACGGUUCUUACACAGACAACACCAUCGUGAUGCAGAAUUAUCCACCACCAUUGUCUCGACAAUGUUUACACACUGCUGUGAUGUCAUUGCUGAUAGUUAAAUACAGACUCCAUGCAGCAUUGUUGUAAUGACGAUACUGUUUAUACACAUUAUACACAUAAUGCUGACAAACUCGUCUUUUAUAAGCUGUUAUUCGCAUCACCGCAUUGUUAAACUGGAUUGCAAACUUUAAUCUGAAGUAAUUGUGAUCGACCGGUUACAGUAUAGCAAUGAUUCUUUUUUUUUACAAUACUUUAUUCAGCUGAUUAUUGAAAGGUAUUUACAUCAUUUACACUUUGUCAAUGUAAAAAUUUUUAAAUUUAUUUAUUGGUUUUGGAUAUAGAAAUACGCAACAAAGAAUUUUCACAACUGGAUAUUGAACAUUCUUAUGUAAAGUAUUUCGAAUCUGUUGCAUUGUUUACCACACAUUGAUAGUAGUGGGAAAUUAUCAUGCAAUAAAGUUGUUGCAUAACAUAUGAUUAUGAUCUCAUAAUGAUAAUUACGAUGUGACUGUGACAUGGAAAAACUAAUCAGAAUGUCAAAUCAGACAGUAAAACAGCAUAUUUGACUUAACAUAUGUUUACAUUUUUCAUCUUAAAAAUGUUAACUUGUAUAUUUCCAUAACUUGAACUUUGCAGCUUUUUGGUAUUUGAAUUAGAAGCUUUAACUUUCAUAUCUGAUUGUGAACAUUCAUUUUAAAAAAUUAACUUUUAUUCCCUUUUAUUUCUAUUUUUUGUAAUACUGACGUUUGUAAACAACUUAAAAACAUAUCAUUGACAUGUUUAUGCACACACAAUUUAUAUUGUAAAGUGUAAGAAGAAUACUUAAAUCAGGCAGUUUUAACUUGUUCUAUCCCAAAACACUUGUCGCAAUUAAACAAUAUAUUUCAUUAAUAAUAUAUAGUAAUUAUAAACAUUAAUUUUAAAAUUUCAAAACAAAAUACAUAGUAAUACAGUGACGCCUGUCUAAAGCAGAUCUCCAGUGGGUCCUAAUAUUUAUCUCAUUUAAACACUAUCAGUUGUUUAGAGAGUCAUGUUUUAGAAUCUAGAAAAUUCGGGACCAUGAAACUUGACAGGAUUCCAGUUUGUUCAGGGUCCGGUUUAGACAGGUUUCACUGUAUAUUAUAAUCAUUAAUAAAUAUACUUUAAAAAUUUACUUUAUUACUUCCAUAGUAAUAAUUAAUCAUUAAUAAAUGUACUUUAAAAAUGUACUUUAUUACUUCCAUAGUAAUAAUUAAUCAUUAAUAAAUGUACUUUAAAAAUUUACUUUAUUACUUCCAUAGUACUGGUAAUAAUUAAUCAUUAAUAAAUGUACUUUGGAAAGUUUAAUUUACAUAUGUAAAAACCUUGGACAGAGUUGUGGCUCUCUCCGUGAAACACUAGUCUACUAAAGUACUACAAGUUAAAUAAAGUACUUAACAGAAUUAUACAGAGUAACAUUGAAUAAACUGUGGGCUGACAUCUACAUCUUACAAGGCUAAUAAUGUCUUCUAGUCAUAAAACUGGAGUCUCUGUCUCCUGUAUAAAUCACAGUAAAGAGAAGAUAACUGUUGAAUUUUUCUACUGUGUGCAGAUAAUGUUUGAAUAUGAUGGGGGGAGUGAGGUGUAGAAUUUUUUUUAACUGGUUAUAAAAGAAAGAAAUUGAGGUAUUAUGAUCAUGGUGUGAGUUUCAGUUUACUCUGUUACAAAUAUUCUAUGGAAAACCGUUAACAUUUCUGUAACAUUCAUCAAUUUCUCAUAAAUUUGUGUUUCUAAUUAUUCAUAAUGGAUGACUUGGACUAGAAUCUUACCUCAUGAGUUUGCUCCCAUUUUAACAUAUUUUAGCUGUCCGAGACUAUAACAACUAAAUUAACAUAUUAAAUCUGUUUUCUUGUUUAGAACAUCUUUGUCUGUACAUUCAAUGUGUUUGUAGUAGUGCAAACUUAAUUUUACUACCAAAUAAUUUUGUAACUAUGAAAAAAUAUUUAUUAGGUAAUAAAAUAAAGUUGGAGUUGUUAAAAAAACAUUACACCGAACAGAAACCCAUCAGAUACACCGACACUAAUCAGGAAUUCUAAAUUUUUUAUAAAAUCAACUACCUAUGGGAUCAAUGUUUUAAAAAAUGUACUAGCCACGAUUAAAAAUUCACUAGCCCUACAUUACUUUAAGUUAAUACAAUGUUACUGAAUAAUAGUAAUAA